AUGGCCGACGCUCGCGAUGGCCCGUCCGUUGCGGCCAGGCUCAAACUGUGCGCGCAAGCCACAGGAGAGGCGGUGGCGCCGCAAGACGAGGCGAUGAUUCGCAUCCUCUCGCAGCUCGCCGUGGAGCGCAACUGGUGGAGCUUCAGCGUCAACCCGACGCCCAUGGGCAAGCAGUUCAUUGUCCAGCCCCAGUCCCAGUGGGAGAGGGACAGGGAGCGGCAGCAGGCCAAGGAGGGCAGUGCCCCACCGCAGCCUGCACACCCGCAGCACCAACAGGUGCAGCAACCCCAGCCCAACGAGUCGCCCGAGGGGUGGACCAGGGUUGGGAAGGGCGGCAUGCCGGACAGGUUCACCAUGAGGAACCCUGGCCGCAAGCCGCCGGGCAAGGCGGUCAAGCGCAAGCCUGACCGCCAGCCCGCACCCAAGGGAGGCGCAGGAUAG